AUGAAAAGUAAUCAUAACUAAAUCAAUAGAAGAUAUCAGAGAAACAGGAAGAAUAUUAUUAGUAAAUUGAGAAAUAAAGAUUUAGAUGGCAUUGAUUUUUCAAUCAAGCAUGACGAUUCACAAGGAGAAUUUUAAGACUUAAAUAUAAAAAGCAAUAGCAAAUUUGAUAGUUCUCGAGGAAACUUGCAGACGAAUCUAGUCAAGCUACCAUAAUUGAUAAAAGCUUAAAAUCAAAUAGGUGAUUUGCAGAUAAAUUUAGAUAGUACUCAAAAUGUCAGCAGGAAUGAAUCAUCAAAUGACAUAAGAAAUGAAAGUUCAAGAGCCCUCUUAAAUCUUAAAAAUUUAAGGUACAUUCAUACUAAGGAUUAUCAGGAACUAAUCCAGUAAACUAGUCCAAGAUCAAGAAUGAUGACUGAGAGAGAAUAGAACUUGAAGUUUCUAAUGCCUCUUUCAAAUAGGAAUAGAGAUGGAGUUAAUCACAAUUUCAUUGGUAAUAUCCCUUCAAAUAAAGACAAGAUCGAUUCAAGAGUAGAUAUAUCUAAGAAUGUCUAGAGUAUUUAACGUUUACCAGAUUAGCACUUAUCACUAAGUCCAUCAAGGCAAUAAAUUCUUGCAAUAUCAAAAGAUUUUGACUAGAGUAAUAAAAUUCUUGGAUAGAAUAGCUCCACAUUAUUUGGAUCUAUUGACGAGGAAUCUCUGAUAAAACUGAAACUUUUUAAGUAUAUUAGCAAAAAGAAUUAGGUAGUUAACCUAAAUAACACUGUUGAUCUUGUUAAACUGGAUGAAUAAGCUAUAGGCAGAGGUCACUACAAGCUGUCUAGGAUAUCUGCUUAUAAAAAUUAUAUAAACGAGCAAAAUAGCGAGGAGCGUAAGAGAAUAUGCUGUAUCUUAAAAGAGAAGUUGAAGGAAAGUAUUAAGAAACAAAGUAGUAAGGAAGAAGAGAAAUAAGAGAAGGAAAAAAUUGUAUAAAUCAGAGAGAUGGUAACUAAUCUUAAAAAUUAGAGGAAUUUGAGUCCCAAAAUUAUGGAUUAAUUGGAUUCAAUGACUUAUGAUUUGAAAUCAACUGCUGCUCUAACUAGAGAAGAAUUUAACAAUACUACUGAUUUAACUUAUAAAGAUAGCAAUAAUAGAAACCUAUAGUAUAAAACUUUUGAUAGCAAAGUUAAAAUUGAGGAACUAUAGAAAUUUUUUGAAGUUAAAAUAUCCAACAAAAGGCACAUAGAAAAAUUAAAUAAGAUUUAUCUUAAUCCUUACGAAAGACUCAGCAGCUUUAAAAACUCUUCGAAGGAGAGAUUAAUGAUUGAUACAAGUCGAGGGGAUGCCUAAAUGUUUAGCCAAACUAUUUUAGAAUCUAAUAAGGAGGAAAUAGAUGAUAAAAAGCAACAGGUUUUUAAGGUUUAUAAAACUUUGAAGAAAAAGGAAAAAGAGUAGAAAAAUAGCAAAGAGGUUAUUUUAAACAAUUCAAUGUCAAGAAACACUGUGCUAUAAAAUUUGAAUAAAGAAUCAUUAAAUCUAUCAGUAAAUGGGAAGACUCCAAUUAUUCAAUCAUUUUAUGAAAGAUAUAAAAUACCCAUAAGGGAAAUCAAUAAUCCAGCUAAGAAUUUGCCUUUGAUUAAACUUGAAAAACCAAAGCACUCUAUAAACAAUUCGAUGGAUUCUCAAGGAUACCAGAAUAUUAAUAUGAAACCAACUCUAAAUUAGUUAUGA